CCCUUCGCGCUCCAGUUUCCAAUCCUCCCAAAUCCUCCAACCUCCCCGCGCCGCCGCCCGAUCCCAGGCUCCUCGCUUCCGCUCCGAUGGCCCGCACGAAGCAGACGGCGCGCAAGUCGACCGGCGGCAAGGCGCCGAGGAAGCAGCUGGCCACCAAGGCCGCCCGCAAGUCGGCGCCGGCCACCGGCGGCGUGAAGAAGCCCCACCGCUUCCGCCCCGGCACCGUCGCGCUCCGCGAGAUCCGCAAGUACCAGAAGAGCACGGAGCUUCUCAUCCGCAAGCUCCCCUUCCAGCGGCUGGUGCGGGAGAUCGCGCAGGACUUCAAGACGGACCUCCGGUUCCAGUCGUCCGCCGUGGCGGCGCUGCAGGAGGCCGCGGAGGCGUACCUAGUGGGGCUCUUCGAGGACACCAACCUGUGCGCCAUCCACGCCAAGAGGGUCACCAUCAUGCCCAAGGACAUCCAGCUCGCGCGCCGCAUCAGGGGCGAGAGGGCCUGAGCGAUGCUCUUCGUCAGCGCUCUUUCGAUUUGUCUGGCCUGUAGUGCCAGUCUGCUACGCUAGAACUGGGUUGGGAAUCGUUUCUUGCCGAUCUGGUAUCUUGUACUUGUAGUGCUCUGGAUGUUUGGCCUCACUCAAAUCAAAUGAAAAGUGAUUUGUUCAAAA